ACAAGAAGGCCAAGAUUUCAAUCCCUUUUUGACACAAAAGAAGAUUGCUACCAACUCUAACCUCUUAGACAACCACCACACCUGCAACAUACAGACUAGAGACCAACAAGCCAAAAAGGGGAGAAAUAGACAGACUAGGAAGACAGAAAUCAAGUGGGAGUGGUAUGAGGUGGUGAUAUGACUCUGGAGAUGGAGAGGACGGUCUCAAAAAUCAUGUUUGACUUCCAGAGGAACUCCACCUCUGACGACGACUCCGGUUGUGCGUUGGAGGAGUAUGCAUGGGUGCCGCCUGGCCUCAAACCUGAACAGGUUCAUCAGUACUACAGUUUUUUUCCAGAGGAUAAAGUUCCCUAUGUGAACAGCAUUGGUGAAAAGCAUCGAAUUAAGCAACUGCUUCAACAGCUUCCACCGCAUGACAAUGAGGUUCGGUAUUGUACCUCCCUGGAUGAAGAGGAAAAGCGGGAACUAAAGAUUUUUAGCAACCAGCGAAAGCGAGAUAAUCUAGGCAGAGGCACAGUCCGCCCUCUACCUCUCACUAUUACUGGAGCUAUAUGUGAACAGUGUGGAGGUCAAAUCAAUGGUGGUGACAUUGCAGUUUUUGCAUCACGGCUUGGCCACGGCCUGUGUUGGCACCCUCACUGCUUUGUGUGCUGCAUGUGUGCCGAGCUGUUGGUGGAUCUCAUAUAUUUUCACCAGGAUUGCAAGAUCUACUGUGGCCGCCACCACGCUGAAAGACUCAAACCACGUUGCUCAGCGUGCGAUGAGAUUAUCUUUGCUGAUGAGUGCACAGAAGCAGAGGGGAGACAUUGGCACAUGAAACACUUCUGCUGUUAUGAAUGUGAGGCUCCACUAGGGGGCCAACGGUACAUUAUGCGUGAGGGCCAGCCUCACUGCUGCAACUGCUUUGAGUCCCUCUAUGCAGAGUACUGUGAUGCCUGUGGAGAGCACAUAGGUAUUGACCAAGGCCAAAUGGCGUACGAAGGUCAACACUGGCAUGCCACUGAAGAGUGUUUCAGCUGUGCAUGCUGCCAUCAGUCUUUGCUGGGCCGCCCCUUUUUGCCGAAACAAGGUUUGAUCUACUGUUCACGUCUCUGCAGCCAAGGAGACAAGCCAGAGUUGUCAGAUUCCUCAGACUCUGCCUUCCAGAGCGCACGUUCUCGACAGUCACAACGCAGCGCUCGGAUUGGCAAGGAUUGUACAAAAGGCAAGAGUGAUGGUGUACGACAGUCAUUAUCUGGCCCUACACCAUCAACAGGUGAUCGGCUGUCAGUAGAUGCAGAGCCCCUGGCUGUUCAAAUGGAUCUCCUGUGCGUGUCCAGCCCUGCUCCCAGCCGCACACCUCACCGCACACCGACAAGAACCCCAAGUAGGACCCCAAGUCGGUCUCCAAGUCUGAAUCGUGAGCAGACAGUUUGGGUGAACAGGGAUGAACCUUACUCCUCCUACGAGUCUCAACCUAGAGAUUCCUCCACACCUCCAAAUCUCCAUCAGCUACGGAGCCAGUGUAGCAUCCGUAGUGCCUUCCCUUCUUCUCCCAGCCAGCCUCCCAAGGUAGUGAGCAGUCCUGAGUCGUGGUCCAAAGAACCUCCCAGAGCUAAUUCCAAAAAGCCUCCUGCCAUAGCUGCUCUGAGAGGUCACUCUUUUAAUGAAAACUGGAUGCAUCAUGGCCUGGAAUCUGAAUUCCAUCCUCCUAAACUCAAAACACAAAUGAGUUUCAAUGAAGUAUCAAGCCGUAAUUCUGGAUUUUUGGACAAGCGCAGUAUCAGCGUGCAAGGUUUCCCCCGAGAGAUGCGUCCUCCAUUGCUGAAAAGCAGGCACCAAUUUGGGCCAAGCUUCGGCGACCUUACGCCAUUAGAACAAACACCCCGUGGUUCUGCUGAUUCACUGGCCCUUUCCUAUACUACAGGAAACUCUUUGGAUGGGACCAACAGGCGUCAGGAACACCUCUCUCGAUUUUCUAUGCCUGACCUAAGUAAGGACUCUGGGGUAAAUGUUUCUGAGAAGGGCACCAUGGGAACUUUGAACUCGUCAAUGCAGUUCCGCAGCACUGAAUCCCUGAGUUCUGUCCCAAGACAUCUUGCCAACAUUGGUAUGCCUGUCAGACUAAGGUGCCCUCCUCCACUAUACUGGGAUUCUCCCAGGGGGCUAAGUUUUGAGGACCCAGUCAAAGGUUGCAUGGGUCUGGCAGGAAGCAUGUCCUGUAUGCAGGAAGGUAAUGCCCAAGCAAUGACACCACGAACAAGACGCGCUAAAACACAAGACUCUCCUCGACAGCAACGACAGAGGCAACUGCAACACCGCAAAAGUCAGAAGGGUCACAAAUAUCAUUAUCGCUCCCGUCGCUCUCGAUCAGACAAUGCCUUGCAUUUAGCCACCGAAAAUCAAAGUUUCCCAGGGGACCCCAUCCAGAGAUUCCGUGAUGACUUUGAGCAACCUUCGUCCUCGAGAGUGCCACACCAUCUCUUUGGAGCAAAUUAUGGUUAUCGACAGCAGCUCUUUAGGCCAUGUCCCAGAACCACCUCUGACCUCAACCUGCAGGACCCUGCAGGUCCACAAAUUGGGCAGUAUAUGUUUAGGUAUGGUGAAAUGGUUGAAGAUGAAGGACAGUUUUACUCUAACUGUUCCACUUCUUCGGAGGUGUCUGAUGAUGAAGCUUACUUAUUGGGUGAAGGCAUUCCACGGCCAGUGCAGCUGCGAUACUUUGACAAUGAGGAGUUGCGACACCGUUAUAGUCCUACAAUGACAGGUGGCCACACCCAGUUACAUACACGCAAACGGCGGAAGAGCAAGAACUGCAUCAUAUCAUAAGCAAAUGAUUAUGUGAAUUUCUGAGUGUGUUUACGUGUGAGUGGGUGUAUGUGUUUGUACUCAAAUAUCCAACUAAAUGGGUUCUAAUUCUAUUCAAGCAUGAUCCAGUCAUAAAUCAAAGUAAUAGAUCAUGAAUUCUGAACUGAAAUCAUGUGAUUACUGUGAUUGAAGAUGGCACUACAAUCAAAAGUAUUAACUUCUAGUUAUUUUAUUAUUACAUUGAAUCUUAAUAUAGCUAAGAUUAUGAAUUGUAUUAUGUAGAAAUCUGUGCAAUAACAAUCUGCAAUGUUACUUUAGUUUGGUUUGAGGAAAGCACUCAGAGUGCACUUAAUCGUUCAGAAUUAGGAUAUGGAUUUUUAUCCUGCUUAUUCUGAAAUGUUUUACAUUCAUUAAAUUAAAAUAAAUUACAUUGCUCUUGUGAACAAUUCAGGAUUACCGCUCAGCAUAUACAGUACCAUAUAACUCCCAGAGCAUCAAAAAUCUAAUUAUAACUCUGUCUUGUCUGUUCUGAGAUUACUUGGUUGUGAGUAUAUUUCUAGACAAGCCUUACUCAGUUUCUCUUUAUUUAUUUUUUCUUCAAUUUUUUUGGUAUACUUUUGUGGCAAUACAGUUUACUCCCCAUGCUGCUUACUGUUUAAAUCAUUCUAAAUAGCUCCCUUAAAUGCGUUCUUCAUUGUUUUCAACUUGUUUAAUUAAGAUCACUUUAAAAUAAAACAUUUUAAAAUGUUUAUCUUUACGUUGGGCGAUGUUGGGUAUAGUUUUCAAUGCAAUAUACUGUCUUUUCCAAAGUCAUUUAAUGAUCAUUUUACCAAUAUCAUUUAAAAUUAAAUGUACUCCUAAUGAUAUAAAAAAGCUAUAUAAUUAAUGUAGUAUUGUAAAUGUUUUGUAAAUAUUGUCUUAAAUAUUUAUAUAUUUUGUAUCUUCAGAUGCAUUAUUUGUAUCAUAUUGUAGAGUGUAAAAACCUACGGUGACUGCAUGUGUAUCCCUAGUUGAUGUGUUGUAUCUUAAUUAAAUAACU